AUGGGGUGCCAACAAGGCCGCCAAGAUAAGAUGCUCAGGGAGAGUAUUGUCGCGGAGAUAGCGAGACUUGACGUCCAGGCGGACGCGCGGGCCUUCUCAGAGAAAGAGUGGGCACACCACUAUGCUCUGGAAGGACAAGUCGAGGCCUUGCUCCGCGCAGAAGAGGAAUACUGGCGUCGGCGUGGUGGCCUAAAAUGGACAGUGAAGAGGGGCGCAAACACAAAAUACUUCCAGGCCUACGCCAAUGGGAGACGACGAAAGGACCUGUCCCAUCCUCCCAGCGCCGCGCCGCUACUCUACCAAAUCCCCAUCGGGAUCCAUUCCACCCAACCAGAUCGCUCCGACCACCUCCCUCGUUCUGCGUCGCCGCCCAACCACAGCAAGCCCUCCUCGAUCAUCCAUCCACUCCACCAGCCACCCACGAGCUCCCUCACGCUCGAGGCUGUCCUCCUCGUCUCCGCGCCUCUGCUUCGCCAGAGACUGGCCUCGUCGCCGCCCAAGCCCGACCUCUCCUUCAGCCAUGCCCGUGCCCUCCUCCACGUGCUGCCCCGCCCGACCUCUCCUUCAGCCGAGCUCCUCUCCCUCGCGCCCGAGACCUCGCCAGCAUCCCAAGCCCGAGCUCCGCAGCGCCAUCCCCGCCUCCUCUGUCUCGCGCUCGUCCGCGUCGACGCCGGCAGGCUCCGGCCGGAUCAGCUCGGGUCCCCGCUGCUCCUCUCCGCCGCCCUUGUUGCGAGUCGCUCGGAUUCGUCGGACCCCUGCUUCGUUCCCCUCCUGGUCGUGCCGCCGACGAGGUCCCCGACGACCCAGCCAGCGUCGGUUUCUUCUCUGCUCGAGGAACUCCAGCAUCCACGCACGACCGCGUCGACCUCCCCUGCCUCAUCUGCGUCGUCGUUGCAACUGGCGCAUGCGCCUCUCGCCGACCUUCCUCUCCGCCGCCCCAAGCUGCGGCCUCGCCGGAGAGCUCCCCCGUGCCCGUCCCAUCGCGCCGUGCCUGCCUCCUCUGCCUCGCGCUCGUUCGCCGCCGCCAACUCCCUGCCGCUGCCUUCUGCUUCCCCUGCAACGAGCAGAGCCACUGCCGCCCCAACCCGGCGCGCCUCCGCCCCUUCUCCGGCCAAGGACCUGUCCCAUCCUCCCAGCCGCGCCGCUACUCUACCAAAUCCCCAUCGGGAUCCAUUCCACCCAACCAGAUCGCUCCGACCACCUCCCUCGUUCUGCGUCGCCGCCCAACCACAGCAAGCCCUCCUCGAUCAUCCAUCCACUCCACCAGCCACCCACACGAGCUCCCUCACGCUCGAGGCUGUCCUCCUCGUCUCCGCGCCUCUGCUUCGCCAGAGACUGGCCUCGUCGCCGCCCAAGCCCGACCUCUCCUUCAGCCAUGCCCGUGCCCUCCUCCACGCGCUGCCCCGCCCGACCUCUCCUUCAGCCGAGCUCCUCUCCCUCGCGCCCGAGACCUCGCCAGCAUCCCAGGCCCGAGCUCCACUACACCAUCCCCGCCUCCUCUGUCUCGCGCUCGUCCGCGUCGACGCCGGCAGGCUCCGGCCGGAUCGGCUCGGGUCCCCGCUGCUCCUCUCCGCCGCCCUUGUUGCGAGUCGCCUGGAUUCGUCGGACCCCUGCUUCGUUCCCCUCCUGGUCGUGCCGCCGACGAGGUCCCCGACGACCCAGCCAGCGUCGGUUUCUUCUCUGCUCGAGGAACUCCAGUAG